CCCGACCUGGUCGCUCUCUGCCUCUGGCGCCCCACGCUUCGUGGUGGCGGCGGCCGCGCUGAAGGAGCCGGCGCAGGCACUAGAGACAAUAGUAGCUUGUUGGAGAUUGAAACCAGCCCAGGCCUGAGAGAUAAGCCAGAAGGAAAGAAUGCAGAAGGGAAUUGAAAGCAACCACAUUCCCAGAUGGAAAGCUGCAAAACUGCAUGGUCAACCAGAUGGAGCUCCAGGUUACUGUGGCUGCUGAAGGGCUUUUGGAAUCUACACAGGACAACGAAUGGAAAGAAGCAUGGAAGCUUAUCAAGGUACAGAUACAGCAUGUGGAACUACUUGGAGGGCAGUGUAACCUUUGAAGAUGUGGCUGUAUACUUCUCCUGGGAGGAAUGGGAUCUCCUUACUGAGACUCAGAGACGUCUGUACCUUGAUGUGAUGCUGGAGAACUUUGCACUUACAUCCUCUCUUGGUUGUUGGCGUGAAGUGGACCUUGAUGAGGCACCUUCUGAACAGAGCAUUUCUUUACAAGGAGGGUCACAAGUCAGGGCUCUCAGAGAAGGUUCAUCUUCCCUGAAUGCAUGCCCCUGUGAAAUAUGUGGCCUGGUCUUGAGAGACUGUUUGGACUUGGCUGGUCAUCACAGACAUCACAGACAGAAACCUUGUACAUGCGAGAAACAAUCCUGCUUCACAGCAAACCUUCCACAGCACCGGCAUAUUAGAGAGAUACCCUUCAAAAGUUAUGAGGAUACAGACUCAUUUAUAAAAAGUUGCACAAUACAUGUGUCAAGGAAGCCUUUUACCUACAGGGAGGUUAAAAAGGGCUUCCUAACCAGUAUGAGAUUUCUCCAUCAACAGGCUACUUACAUCCGGAAGAAGCCAAAUAAGUAUGGGGUGGCCUUUGGUAGCAAAAAAAGUCAACACAACUGGGGAGAAAACAAAGCCUUCAGUCACACAGAUGUGCUUAUUCAGGACCAGAGUAUUCUCACUAGAGAAGGGCUCUUUGAGUGUACCAAAUGUGGAAAAGCCUGCACACGAAGAUGUAACCUCAUUCAGCACCAGAAGGUCCACAGUGAGGAAAGACCUUAUGAAUGCAGUGUAUGUGGGAAAUUCUUUACUUACUAUUCCAGCUUCAUUAUACAUCAGAGAGUUCACACCGGAGAACGGCCUUAUGAGUGCAGUGAAUGUGGGAAAUGCUUUAGUCAGAUCUAUAGCCUCAAUAGCCAUAGGAAAGUUCACACUGGAGAAAGACCUUACGAGUGUGGGGAAUGUGGGAAAUUGUUUAGCCAAAGGUCCAACCUCAUUCAACAUCGUAGAGUUCACACUGGAGAAAGGCCUUAUGAGUGCAGCGAAUGUGGGAAAUCUUUUAGCCAAAACUUCAGCCUCAUUUACCACCAGAGAGUUCACACUGGAGAAAGGCCUCAUGAGUGCAGUGAAUGUGGAAAAUCCUUUAGCCGAAGCUCCAGUCUCAUACACCACCGGAGACUUCACACUGGAGAAAGACCUUACACGUGUAGUAAAUGUGGGAAAUCAUUUAAGCAAAGCUCUAGCUUCAGUUCACAUCGAAAAGUCCAUACAGGGGAAAAGCCUUAUGUAUGUAGGGAAUGUGGGAAAUCCUUUAGCCAUAGCUCCAAUCUUAAGAACCAUCAGAGAGUUCACACUGGAGAAAGGCCUAUUGAGUGUAGUGAAUGUGGGAAAUCCUUUAGCUGCAAGUCCAACCUCAUUAAACACCUCAGAGUUCAUACUGGAGAAAGGCCUUAUGAGUGUGGCGAAUGUGGGAAAGCCUUUAGCCAAAGUUCUAGCCUCAUUCAGCACCGGAGAGUUCACAUUGGAAAAAGGCCUUAUCAGUGCAGUGAAUGUGGGAAAUUCUUUGGCUGCAAAUCUGUCCUCAUUCACCAUCAGAGAGUUCAUAAGGGAGAAAGGCCUUAGUUGUACAGGGAAUACACAGUUUCUUUUGUAGUGUGAUUAUACUGGAAGAGAAUAAGAGAGUCAUCUACCUGAAUAAACACCCCAACAUUUGGAGAUACACAUUGAGGAGGUUCCACUUACAUGCCAAGUAUAUGGAAGCUUUAAGGGCAUGUGUUACACUUUAUAACUUGCCCAGAACCCUUGUCAUAUAUGUCAUUUCCUGAGGCAGAAAGCAUUUUACCUCUACAACCUGUCAGGUCCACAGUUUAUCAGUCACCAUGGCACUGUUCAAAUAAAGCUGACCUGGUGCUCUCACA